AUUAUGGACAUAUCAUAGAGAUUCCUAUAGCGUUCAUCCGCCGUUGGAUUUUAAAGUGGAAGACAUACCCUGUCAGUCCACCGGAUAUACACUCGCCCGCCAUCCACUCCCCGCAAUCUGGAUGACCGUUCUCGCGGAAGCCCACGGAUAGCCUAUAGCUUCAUGAUGGGAAGAGCGUUUCUCCGCCUCGUCUAGAACAACAUCUAUAACAACGGUGUCCACAACCAACGCAUAAAAGCAGGCGUGUCUCCCACGCCAUAAAACAGCUCACAUGUAUACAAUUUUCGGUCCAGCAAUUGCUACAGCUAAACACCAUGCCAACCCCAUGGCCCCCGACGACCAUCCCAAAUGAACCAGGUAUCGCCACAUUCUCCCUAGGCAAUUCCAAACACCACAAACUACAGCCUCGUCUCGAGGAAGCCGCCAAAGCAGGAUACAAGCAGAUCGACCUCUUCGAUGAAUGUUGGGCUUCCUACCUAGAGGAGCACGGGCUCCCGGGGGCCCAGCUCUGGGACGCCACGGCGGAGAACCUCGCCGUCGCACGGAAACUCGGCACAUUAGUGAAGUCGCUCGGGAUGCGCAUCGCGUGUACACAGCCGGCGCGCAAUAUUGAAGGCAUCAAAGACGCGGCUGAGCGGCGGGCUGCGCUGGACCUCGUCGCGCAGCGAUUCCCCUUCAUGCGGGCCUUCGACACAGACCUCGUCUUCCUAUGCGCCAGCAUCCGGAAAGACCCCGGCGUGACGUCCGAUCUGAAGACGGUAGCGCGGGAUCUCGCAGAACUAGGCGACAUGGCGAAAGCAUUCUCAGACACCGACGGCGGGCGUCCACUGCGGAUCGGAUACGAAGGGUUAUCCUGGGCGACGAGAAACACAUGGGCAUCUACCUGGGAAGCAGUGCGCAUGGCGAAUCGGUCAAACGUAGGGCUCGUGCUAGACGCGUUCAACAUACUGGCUGUGGAGUUCGCGGACCCGUACAACCCCGCUGGUCAUGGUCGUGUCUAUCCGACGCUGGGGGAGUCGAUUGACGUGCUGUGCGCGUCUAUGGCGGCGCUGGUCGCUACCGUGCCUGGAGACCGUAUUUUCUUCUUUCAGGUUGCUGAUGCGGAGAGGGUGGAUCCUGUGACUUUUCGGCGGCCGACGGAUGCGAAUGUCCCGGCUUUGAUGCCGUGGUCGAGGGCUCACAGGCUGUAUCCCUUUGAAGAGUCUCGUGGUGGGUAUAUGCCGGUUCAGUUGGUGGCUGCUGCUGUGAUUGCGACGGGGUAUCAGGGACCCAUGUCGUUGGAGGUUUUUAAUAGCUCUUUAAAUCAGCCGGAGAGCGAUGUGCCGGCCGGGCACGCACGUCGUGGGAUUGAGGGUUUGAGAAAGCUGGCUGAUGCUAUUCCUGAGGUUUCACCGUUUUGGGAGAUGUGGCAGCAGGGAUGUCGACAAUUUGGACAGAUCACGUCGUCGAUGCGUCCUGAGCGUUUAUGACAGGAUCGCGAGCUGUGCGGAGAUGAGUGAUGUUGCUAUACCACCUUUAUACAUACUAGGAGCGUUUUGCGCAACAACCAUGAUAGUAAACUCGUGGUUUUAUGAUUCGGGAUGUCUCACGGAAGGCUUUACAUUUGUACAUUAUCC